AGCUGCUCAUUACCUACUGUCGUGUUGUUCGUCGUCAUCAUCACCACCACAUUGAACAAUCACGAUUCACUGCUCGUGCCUUUCCUACGCCCCGUCACAAUGGCAAGCUCUCAAUCUUGGGUCUCCGUGUCCCCCCGAAGCCACUUCUCGUUGGCCAACAUCCCCUUUGGCAUCAUCUCCACAAAGUCAGAACCGACUCAUCGCCCUGCGAUCGCCAUUGGGGACUAUGCUCUAGAUCUCAAGGCCUUUGCAAAGGCCGGCGGCUUCCACGCCCUGCCCUCAAUCCAGGAACGCGUCUCUGUAUUCUCAUCAACCACACUAAACGACUUCGCCGCCCUGGGCCGGCCGGUCCACAGAGAAGUCCGAACAUAUCUGCAGUCCAUCCUCAGCGAGAACACGCCGCACGCCGGCCUCCUCAAGGACAACGCCGAGCUGCGCAAGACAGCCCUGGUUCCCCUCUCCGAGAUCCAGAAUCAUCUGCCCUUUGCCAUUGGCGACUACACCGAUUUCUACGCCGGCAAGAACCACGCCUACAACGUCGGCGUCCUCUUCCGCGGCCCGGACAAUGCGCUCCAGCCUAAUUACCUGCAUCUCCCUGUCGCGUAUCACGGUCGCGCCAGCAGCGUCGUCGUCUCCGGCACUCCCAUCCGCAGACCGUGGGGUCAGAUCCUGAAGGACCCCAAGGCUGAGCCCAAGGUGCCCGUGCUUGCACCCUGCGAGAGGUUGGACAUUGAGCUGGAGAUGGGCAUGUUUCUCUGCCGGGAGAACAAGCUUGGUGAGCCGGUCCCGGUCGACCAGGCAGAGGAGCACAUCUUUGGCUACGUCCUCAUGAACGACUGGAGCGCCCGCGACAUUCAGGCGUGGGAGUACGUGCCUCUGGGGCCCUUCACGGCAAAAAAUCUGGGCACAAGCAUCAGUCCGUGGGUGAUUCUCGCGGACGCCUUAGACGGCUCCAAGACAGCUGGCAUUGAGAACAAGACGGAGCUGCAGCCCUACCUGCGCGAGAGCAAGAAGAACAACGUCCUGGGCGUCGACUUGGAAGUGGACAUUAUCACUGCCAACGGAACUAGGACGACAAUCAGCCGCACCAACUCGAAGAACCUGCUCUGGUCGUGGCCGCAGAUGAUUGCGCACCACACCAUCACCGGCUGCAACCUGCGACCGGGUGAUCUUCUCGGAUCGGGAACGAUUUCCGGCACGGAGCCCGGCACGGAGGGCAGUAUCCUCGAGCAGACGCAGGGAGGCAAGCAGGCUGUGAAAUUGAGCGGAGGUGAGGAGCGCAAGUUCUUGCAAGAUGGUGAUACCCUAAUCAUCCGCGGCUGGAGCGGCCAGGAGGGCGCGUUGGUCGGAUUUGGUGAGGUGUCUGGCAAGAUUGAGGCCGCGUUGAAGCUUUUCUAA